AUGGCAUAUAUAGAGGGCAAAAGAGAAGUGAUUCAUAGCGUUAAGGUUGGAAUUGCUUUGGUUUUGGUUUCACUUUUGUAUCUUCUUGAUCAACCAUUCGAACGUGUGGGAGAAAAUGCUAUGUGGGCUAUCAUGACUGUUGUCGUCGUCUUCGAAUUCUUUGCAGGUGCUACACUUAGCAAGGGAAUAAAUCGAGGGAUUGGAACUAUCGUAGGUGGUGGAUUAGGGUGUUUUGCUGCAAUUUUUGCAAAUAAAAAGGGAAAGAUGUUUGAAGCUAUUCUUGUUGGCUCUUCUAUUUUUAUUUUUGCUCCUUGCCUCAGUGGAUGCGCAACUCUACCUCUUCGUCUAAGUGGAUGCGCUAUGCGAGGAGCAAAACCAACUUUGCGUUGUGGAGUUGAGGUGACGUGA